AUGCCGCCAUCCCUUCUGCCGGGGCCUGGCAGCGAGAGGGCGUCCGGCCACCCAGAAGGCUCCAGCCAUCUCCUUGCAGGCAGCACCAGCCACUCUGAAGGCACCUCGCCCCCCCUCUCCGGUGCAAAGGGGGAAGACGCAAAACCCCACGUUGCUGUCUGCGAGGCUCACCUCAAGCUGCCUGACUUCUGCGGCAGCCUCUCACAGGACUUCAUUCCCACCCUGGAGGAGAUCGAGGAGUUCCUAAGGGAGAAGGCUGAGUUCCUCAAAGACGAAGCAAGCGAGCAUCACUCAGCUGGAGGGAAGGUCGAGAUCAAAUCUGAGAUCAGCUUAGGUAGCUCUGGGGGACAGCCUGUCUCCAGUGUGAUUCAAGAAGAAGAAGUCUCAAACGUUGCCCAGCCUGGAGGGAGAGCUGACGGUAGUGACCAGGCAGUAGCUGCUGGGAGCAUUCCUGUUGUCCUCCAAAUCCAGCCUCUCCAGAUGGACAGUGGCAACCCGCUAGCACAGAGUGCUACGGGUGGUGUCAGGGUGGCCCAGCUGGUUAUCAGCUUGCAGGGCCAAAACCUGUCCCUCCUCCCUCAGGUCCAGCCCCCUGUGACCAUCAUGGACCAAAAGUACGUCAAAAUUGCCCCGCUGCCAGUCGCCGUGAGGCCAGGGGCACUGGCAGACGAACAAGAGGUGGAGGCACCCCCCAAAUAUCAGAAAGCCCCCCCUUUCCGUGUCCAUAAGUGCUCGCACCCGGGCUGCGGCAAGAUGUACACCAAGAGUUCCCACCUCAAGGCUCACUUUCGUCGGCACACCGGCGAGAAACCCUACACUUGUGCUUGGCCCAACUGUGGCUGGCGGUUUUCCCGGUCGGAUGAGCUCUCCCGUCACAAGCGUUCCCACUCCGGUGUCAAGCCGUACCAGUGUGCCGCCUGCGAGAAGAAGUUUGCCCGCAGUGACCAUUUAGCCAAACACAUGAAGAUCCACCGGGGCCAGCCGUACGGCCAGCGGACGCUUCAGGGUGGCAGCAGAAGUUAA